ACCACUUUCCAAAAAAACGAAAUUUGUCCCGUUUAGACUUACUCUGCUCUUUUGUUCUCAACUUCUUUUGCUGUUUCCACCUGAAACCAACAAACUGAAGCAGGGAGGAAUGUCUUCUGACGGCGGAGAGAGACGGCCGGCGAGAGUUCGAGGAGUGGAGGCGGCGGCGGAGAAGAACUUGGCGUGCCCACGUUGCGACUCCACCAACACCAAAUUCUGCUACUACAACAACUACAAUCUCUGUCAGCCCCGCCACUUCUGCAAGUCCUGCCGCCGUUACUGGACCCGCGGCGGAGCCCUCCGGAACGUACCCGUCGGCGGCGCCACCCGCAAGCCUCCCUCCAAAAAACGCUCUCGUACUGUCGCCGUCGCGGCGGCCGCGGCUCGAUCAGCCCGUUCCCCGGCACCCGUGAUGGUUGGAAUUAGUCCCGGGUCGGGUCGUGAGGUGAAUCUGAACAAGGCAGUGCCGGAGUCGGAGACUGAGAGUUUUGCCCCGGUGGGAGGCGGCGGCGUUGAGUUUUCCCCAUUGGGUGAGUACGGGCUCGGGCUAGAACCGAGCGGGCUGCAUGACGAGUUCGACUUCGGGCUCGGGCUCUGCGACUGGCCCGCCGAACCAGUUGUCGGAGGCAAUGGCGGUGAAGCUGCUAACGUCAACGGAGGCGUGGCUGCUACAAGCUGGAACGACGACGACGCGUGGCAGAUUGGUGGAGGGCUUUCCGAUGGCGGCGACGACUGUUAUGGUUGGCCGGAGCUCUCCAUUUCUGCACCGGGGAGGAAACCUUGAACACAAUCAAGAACUAAACAUAGAAUUUGGAAGGUUAAUUAUUUGCUUAAUCAUAUUGUUGGACCAUGUUUCCCUUUAGUCAAAUUAUGACAAACCAUCAGUGUACAACUCAUGCAAAUAUGCAA